GAGCCGAGCAAGGCGCCUCUCUUCACCUUCUAUGUCUACCGCGCGGCACGAGAGGAUGAUGACUAUGUCGAGAACAUCAAUGUCGGAGAUCUUGCUGGCACCUUGUGGUAUCUGCACAACGAGGUCGUGUGGGUGAAACCCCGGAAGUUCGGAAUCUCUCGCAUCAUCCGGUACAAGAUUUCGACUCGUGCAACACAGCCUCUAUACGAUUUGGGAAUGAACUUCGGCGUCCGCUAUUCGUACGAUGCAGCCCAGUGCACUGGACCAUGGUCGUGCGAUUUGAACUACGAGAAGUUUGGGUACUUUGUUGGAUGCAACAACUUGGGCAUGUUCCCUUUUCCGCUUUACGACACGCACUAUCCCGAUGCAGUCUGGUAUGCGCUCCCCGGGGACUGCUCCUCCAAGGAUUAUGAGGACAAGGACCCGAAAUGCAUCGCAGAGCAACCUGGCGGCCGCUGCGAGGGUGAGCCAACAGGACAAGGCAAUUGUACCUACAGCAUCGAGAUCAUGGGCUCCGUCACGAUUGACGAAAUCGAGGGAAUCUCGAACUACCAUGAGUUCAUCCACACAGGAGACCAGGUCGAGUACAACAAGACCUUGGACAAGGGUGUGGGCAUGACUUUCUGGGACCACAUCAACGACACGGCCAAGAAUGCGGAGCGUGUGGAGAAGGUCCGGAAGAUCUUCGAAACGAAGUUUCCGGACCAGGCCACCGAUGAGGAGAUGAAGCCUCCAGCGUGCGACUUUGACUUCGAGGUCUUUUAUAACACAACCACAACCACAACCACAACCACAACCACCAUCAGCACCACCACAAUCAGCACCACCACCACAACCGCCGCAGCGACUACAACAGCCGCUACAGCAAGCUCCACCACGGCUGCGUCAACCACGGAAGCCUCGACCACGGUUGCUGCCGCGACAACUGCCAGCAGCACCGUGAGCGAGACAACGUCAGCCACGGAGGUUGCCACGGCUGCCCCCAGCACCGCCACGACCACCGCAGCUGAAAGCACAACGGCGACUGCAAACGCCUCCGAGUCAGAGUCCUCUGUUGAGGCCACAACCAGCUCCGGGCCAGAGCUCAGUAAUGUUUCCACCACCUUGACGUCAACUCCAAAGGGUUGCAAGGAUGCUGUCAUGGGCUCCCACUGCUACUCGUCCGUGAUCUGGGCCAUGGAGCAUGGUCUCAAGCUGCAUCCGACGUGGUAUCCAGGCCUUACGUCCAAGUCGACAUUCGCUGAAUUCCAGGAACGAGUGCACCACGUCACGCCGGACGUGUGCCCGGUGCCCUGCACGGCGAAAGCAGGCUGCCAUGAUCCGGUGGAGGGUGAGUCCUGCUACUCUGCCGUGAAGUGGGCCAUGAAAUCGGGCAUCAAGAAGCAUCCCCACUGGUACCCUGGGCUCACCAAGGAGUCCUCUUUUAAGGACUUCCAGGCAGCAGUUCACAAGAAGCUUCCAAAGAAGUGCAUGAUGCCUUGCUCACCCUGA